AUGGAGUCUUCAUUUUCUAUGAUUUUGGAGAUUUGUCUAAAUAGGAGAAUACGUUGUGAAGAUAGGGAGAAGGAAUUAAUAGAAGAACUAGAAGGAAUUAUAAACAAACUUUCAAUUUGUAAUGGAGUAAAAUAUUCUAAUGAUUUACCUGAAAAUAUAAGAUACAUAAGAUUUUACGAUCCAACAAUUGAUGAAAAUGAGAUAAUAAUUAAAGAAGAAUUGUUAAAUUCUCUUCUGAAUGAUAAAAGAAGACGUUUCUUUACAUUAAAAAGUAUGGAACCAAUUCAAGAGCCUUUAUGUCUAGAUGAAGAGAAAGAUACAGCGGCAUCUUGUAUUGGAUUUACUCAAACAGAUCUCCCUCACUCAUCAUUAGAUAAUAUCUGGGAUAAUUUAAUUUUUCCAAAGUGUAUAAAGAAGAAAAUUAUUGGCUAUACAACAACAUUACUACAAUUUUCAAAAUUAUCUAUAUCUGAUGACAAAAUAUCAACUAAUAGAUUCAUUUUAUUUCAUGGACCACCAGGAACUGGUAAAACAUCUUUAGCUAAAGGAUUUGCCCAAAAAAUGUCUAUUCGUCUAAAUUCAUUCUAUCAAAGUAGUAUUCUUGUAGAAAUAAAUUGUCAUUCCCUUUUUUCUAAAUGGUUUUCACAAUCGGCAAAAUUAGUUAGUCUAUUAUUUGAUAAAAUUUUAAAUACAUAUGCUGUCAAUAAAAAUAUGAUGGUAUUUGUUUUGAUUGAUGAAAUUGAAAGUAUAGGGUUAUCAAGAGAAAAGUCAAUGGGAAAAAAUGAUCCUGGUGAUGUUGUCAGAGUCCUUAAUUCUUUUUUGACUCAGUUAGACAAGGCAAAGAAAUAUCCUAAUGUUAUGUUUAUUGGAACUUCUAAUAUGAAUCAUAUUAUGGAUGAGGCUAUCUCUGAUAGAAUUGAUCUAGACAUUUUUAUUGGAUAUCCUUGUUUAGAAGCUACAUAUACUAUAUUAAAAGGAAUUAUAGAGGAGUUAAUGGAAAAAAAAGUGUUAGUUAGUGAGAAAUAUUUACCCAUAAUGAAUGUAAAUGAUAUAGAAAAUUUUAAUUUAACUUCUAUUAAUUUAUAUGAAAAAGCCAGAAAUUUCUACACUAAUAAAACAUCAGCAAGAAGAUUAAGAAAAGUUGCUUUAAUACCUUUUGCUGAAACAUUUUCAGAAAAAAUGGAUAUAAAUGAAUUUAUAAGAUUAAUUUAA